GCUCGAGAUCAAGGUGCAGGCUCGUCGUGGCACCACCCCACCACCAGGUUCUUCGGCGGUGACCAACCAAUCAUCACGUCGUCCUAAACACUCUGAUUCUAUGUUGCAUGAAUUUAAACCCUUUAAAGAUUGGGAAUCUUGGUUAGUGCCUACAAUUGUUUCCAUCAAUGUUGUUCUCUUCUUGGUUUCCCUGUUCAUCAACAAUUGUCCAGCCCAUUCGGAUAAAUGCAUUGCACCAGAGAUUCUCAUGCGAUUCGCGUUUGAGAGUUUUAAGAUAAACCCUCUUCUUGGUCCGUCUCCUUCCACAUUGGUGAAAAUGGGAGCUUUAGAAUACAAGAAGGUAAUCGAAGAAAGAGAACAAUGGCGGCUUGUGACUUGUAUGUGGUUACAUGGCGGUGUCUUCCAUGUCUUUGCAAAUAUGCUGGGACUGGCAUUUCUAGGGACUCGCCUCGAAAAAGAGUUUGGAUUUUUGAAGAUUGGGGUGCUUUAUGUAUUAUCUGGAAUUGGGGGAAGUAUCUUAUCGUCGUUGUAUGUUAGAACAACUAUAUCAGUUGGUGCUUCUGGAGCUCUAUUCGGCCUACUAGGAGGAAUGCUCUCUGAACUUCUUACAAAUUGGACUAUUUAUGCCAACAAGAUUGCUGCAUUAGCGACCCUCAUCCUCAUCAUUCUUAUUAACGUCGUCGUUGGAAUUAUCCCACACAUAGACAACUAUGCACAUAUUGGAGGAUUUUUCACCGGCUUCUUUCUAGGGUUCGUCAUUUUGGUCCGUCCACAAUUCAAAUGGAUUAACCAGAAACACGUUCCUCCUGGUUAUACUGCUCCCCCCACGAGAACCAAAUACAAAAUUUAUCAAUACAUACUUUUGAUACUCUCCCUAAUUGUUCUACUUGUUGGAUUUAUGAUUGGUUUGAUUUUGAUAUCACGCGGCGUUGAUGGAAACGACUAUUGCUCCUGGUGCCAUUAUUUGACUUGUAUGCCUACCCCUUUAUGGACUUGCAACGCACAUUGCAGGUUGGUACAGUUAGACAAGCAAAUAAACAUGACAUGCCAACAUAACGGAAGGUUUGAUUCUUAUAUACUCGAGGACGCUAACGACAUCACCGAGAUGCAGAGGUUAUGUUUAGAACUUUGUAGCUAA